ACUGUCACUCGCACAUGUUGUUUAUUUUCAACAUCGUAUAUAAUUUUCAUUUGCGCCGCGAGAAACUACAAUUAAUGCUGUCAGGAUGAAGGUGAAAAUGAUCAGUCGCAACCCGGACAAUUAUGUGCGGGAAACCAAGUUGCAGCAGCAUAAACUGCCACGGAACUACGAUCCAGCGCUGCAUCCUUUGGAGGGUCCCAGGGAAUAUGUGCGUGCAUUGAACGCCACCAAACUGGACCGAGUGUUUGCCAAGCCCUUCGUGUGCAAUUUAAGCGGCCAUCGCGAUGGAGUCUCCUGUUUUGGGAAGCAUCCCAAGCAACUAUCCUGCCUGGCCACUGGGGCAUAUGACGGUGAGGUCCGAAUUUGGGACCUGGCCAAUCGCACAAGUUCCCGGAACUUUGUGGCCCACGAUGGUUUCGUCCGGGGUAUAGCCUACACCCGCGAUGGAGAUCGCAUCUUCACCGUGGGCGAUGACAAAACCAUCAAAGUGUGGAAGACCGAGGCACCGGAAGUCGGCGAAGAUGAGGUGCCGGUAAACACGAUACUGAGUAAAUUCGGCCUCCACGGCAUCUCGCACAAUCGCAAGGAUAACAAAUUCGCCACCUGUGGCGAGGUGUGCGCCAUCUGGGACGAGAAGCACAACGAUCCCCUGAAGACUUUGAAGUGGGGCGUCGAUACGCUGCACACCAUAUCGUACAAUCCCGUGGAGACGAGCAUCCUGGCCUGUUGUGCCAGCGAUCGCAGCAUUAUCCUGUACGAUCAGCGGGAGGCGCAGCCACUGCGGAAAGUCGUCCUCACCAUGAAGAGCAACAAGUUGGCCUGGAAUCCCAUGGAGGCGUUCAACUUCACGGUCGCCAACGAGGAUUGCAAUCUUUACACCUUUGACACUCGUAAGCUGCAGACACCCUUGAAGGUGCACUUUGACCAUGUUUCCGCGGUCACCGAUGUGGACUACUCGCCCACGGGCAAGGAAUUCGUCACGGCCAGCUACGACAAGACCAUCCGCAUUUACAAUGCCCAUCACAGCCACUCGCGUGACAUUUAUCACACCAAACGCAUGCAGCAUGUGGUCUGUGUGGCCUGGUCGCUGGACAAUCGAUAUGUCUUCUCCGGCUCCGACGAGAUGAACGUGCGCAUGUGGAAGGCGAAUGCAUCCGAGAAACUGGGCGUCAUUCGGCCGCGCGAACGGGUCAACUUCAAUUACCAGGAGGCGCUGAAGCAGAAGUAUGCCGCCCAUCCGCAGAUCAAGCGAAUCGCUCGCCAUCGGCAGGUGCCGCGUCACGUGCUCAAUGCCCAGAAGAAGAUGCGCACCGUCAAGGAGAAGCAGCAGGUCAAGGAGGCCAAUGUGCGCAAGCACUCCAAGAAGGGCAAGGUGCCCUACGUCAGCGAAAAGAAAAAGCAUGUGCUCAAGGAGGAGGUCUAAAGGCGAUUUUUUACGCCUAUAGUUGGAUAAGUUUGAAUAAAAUUGAUUUUUGUAAGGCCCAAA